AUGCGCAAUCACUGGCGGACGGUCCACGGAUGGUCCCAGCAUGCCCGAGGGGGCCGAACCACGCGGGAGCAGCGACAAUCCCAGGAAGCAGAGCUGCGGCGGUCGUAUAUGAUUGUGACAUGUCAGCAGAUAUUCCCGUCGCGGAGAGGAUCCCAUUAUAUCCAUAUCCGUGGGGGCCAGCAGAAAGAACCGUACAUUCCCGUGCGCACGGAGCAGGUGAACCAGGCGAUCCAGCAGGUUACCGCAGCGUGGGAGGCAAUGAAGACCCAGACUGGACCCAGUGGGACCGGGGAGAUCCACGAUGCCAAUUCGUGGCUGCGGGUGACCGGAUGGACCCGGUAUUUGCAGGAGUUUACCACCCCCAGUGAUUUUGAUGCAUUGCGCGCCAUGGUGGCCACCCCGUUACCCGACGCGGACGACCCCGUGGAGCAGGGUGUGUGGCGUAUGUGGGUAGCUAUGGAAGGCGUGGUGCGCAAGAGCCAGUGGACGGUGCAGCAUACCGGACAAGCCAUUCGGAUUGAAGCGGUGCGGUCCGCGAAGGGCCAGACACCAUACCGUCCAUUGCUGGCAUAUAUGGAUCCAGACAGCGUGGUCAAACACAUGCAGCCAUGGCAGCAGAUAUUGGCAUUCAUCGCCCGCACACAGGUCCCGCGCACCGAGAAGCAUCCGCCAUAUGGGAUGACGCCGCGGCAGCGGAAAAAAUGGCGUCAACUGUGGCAGAUGGCCACCGCCCAUUCCCCCACGGCAGAGAAUGACAAAGAGGAUUCCGGGGAGGAUGAUCCCGAGCCACCGCAGUGGAGGAUGAGUGACAUGGAGCGGGCGUGUUUGGAGUUUUGCAUCGAGCUGAUGAACCAGACAUACCACGCCCAGGAGUACGAGAGUGUGCUGAUAUGCGCCAUGGCCGUGUUGGGCCGGGGGGAGUUUGGAUGGCGGGAUCCCGAGAGUUAUCCACCGAUUUUGUCCCGGGUGAUCAAGAUUGCCCGGUUUAUGAUCGUCCAGAAGGCAUUGUGCGCCGCGGCCAUGGACGAUAUCGAGGCCGAUUCCGCGUACGGCAGCGGGGUGGAGGAUGAACCCCCAUCAUCCCCACCGACAUCGCCCAUGCGAAAUGGGGAUCCCGCAUCCCGGAUCCCGUGGAGCCAGACCCCGUCCCGCAAGACAUUCCAGGAGCAGGUGACGUGGAUGGUCAGCCAGUUGAUGGUCCGCGGCACCCAUACCCCGAUGGAGACAUUGCAGGAUUGGCGGACGUACGGGUUGCGCAUCCAUUACAACACCACGACCCCCGGGCAUGUGACGUGGAUGCAUCCGGACCGAUUGUUGUACAAACACAUGCAGUUCACCAUGGGCGAUUUCCGGGGAUUCGUGCAUGGAUUGACUGGGGUCACCCGGCAGAUAUUGUGCCAGGAGUUGAUGUUUGGGAAGACGCCCGCCAUCCCGUGGCAUGCAUUGUACGACGACCCCACGCAGGGCGCCGUGGGAUGGAGCUUUUUGCGCGAUCAGCGCACAGCAUGGCCGGUGGAGGGCGCACAGUGGAUCAUGGAGCGGGUGCGGGCCGAGCCCGACGUGCAGGCGCAUUUUAUCCACCGGCGCCAGCCCACCCAGUUCCAGCCGCGGUUGGUGAUGCAGUAUUUGCAGCGGGUGGCCCGAUUCAAGGAGAAAUUGGCCGUGCUGGUGCAUGUUGUGGGCGGGCAGCCGAGCCGGGCGCCCGAGUUGCUGAGCUUGCAGUAUAUUAACACGGAGACCAACCAGCGGCGCAAUAUAUUUAUUGAGGAUGGGAUGGUGACAUUGGUAUCCGCGUAUCACAAGGGGUUUUACGCCAGCAAUGAUGUCAAGGUCAUCAGUCGGUAUGUGCCGCGGGAAGUCGGUGAGCUGAUCAUAUGGUAUUUGUGGUUGGUAUUGCCGUUUGUGCAGCAAUUAGAGGCGUGGCACCGUUGCCCGGCCGGUGAAUCAUCCGAGCCCCCGUCGGGACCAACCAUCCCCCCAACCACAUCACCGUCCAAGCCGCCACCGGCGUCCACGUCGCCGUACAUUUGGGGCCCCGACCCCGGCACGCAGCGCGAGUGGAAAUCCGAACGGUUCCGCGAGGUGUUGAAGCGCGAGACCAAGAUGCGGUUGCAGUAUGCCGUCAAUAUCCAGGCGUACCGCGAGAUUGCGAUUGGGAUCAGCCGGCGGUGGAUGCGGCCCAGCAGCGCGUUCCCCAGCAAUGUGCAGGAGGAGAAGGCCCCCGAGGUGCCCCCCGAGUGCGACAUGGACGAGGACCAGUGGAUGGAGGCCAUCGCGGACGAGCAGGCCACGCAUUCCCCCCACACGGCCGGCAUGAUAUACGCGCGGGACAUCAUGGAGCAGCCCGGGACCACGGCGCGGCGCCGGGCCAUGUUCCGGUUGUCCAGCACGGAUUGGCAUCGGUUUUUAGGGUUUGCCGCGGACGGGGCCCCCGUCGAGGCCGCGGGCAAACGGAAGCGGUCCCCGUGGGAGGACGAGGCCGAGCAGGGCCGGGUGAUGCGGCGGCACCGGUUGAACACCAUGGAUAUGACGUCGGCAUUGCAGCAGAUGACCGGUCAGGCGGCCAUCCAGUUCCGGGGGGUGCAGGCCCCGGCGUUGCGGGCCAUCCAGGACGGCGAGAGCCCGGUGGUGGCGGUGAUGCCCACCGGGGGCGGCAAGAGCAUGUUGUUCAUGUUGCCCACAUUCGCGGAGCCCAGCGGGACCACGAUUGUGGUGGUGCCGCUGAUUUCAUUACGCGGCGAUAUGAUGCGACGAUGCCAGGGAUUGGGUAUAGCAUGUGUGUCAUGGGAGAGCCGUCGGCCGCCCGAUGACGCCACGAUUGUGUUGGUCACGCCCGAGUCCGCCGUCACGGACGAUUUCCACACGUUCAUCAACCGAUUGCAGCAGACGCGGCGGUUGGACCGCAUCGUGAUCGAUGAAUGCCAUGUGGUGUUGCAUGACCAGCGGGAUUUCCGGCCGGAGUUGCGGCAGUUGGGGCGAUUGAACCACGCGCGGACGCAGAUGGUGUUGUUAACAGCCACGUUGCCCCCCACGUUGGAGCCGUCAUUGUUGCAGCGGAUGGAGUACCAGACCGAUCAGGUCCGUGUGUUGCGGGAUCGUACCGGCCGUCCCAACGUAGCAUACCGUCGUGUCCCCGGUGGAUUGAUGUGGUUUACCCGCGCGCCCGUACUGGCAUUUAUCCGGGAGCGAAUCCAGCGGGCGGGACGUGGUAAGGUGAUUAUUUAUGCGAAUGCUAUUCGGCAGGUGAGGGAAUUGGCCCAGAUAUUACAGUGCGAGGCGUAUUACAGCCAGCAGAUUGACAAGCCAUCGAUUUUACAACGAUUCACGCAGGGUCAGACGCAGGUGAUCACGGCCACAAGUGCGUUGGGGAUGGGGGUCGAUAUUCCCGAUAUCCGAUGUAUUAUCCAUAUUGGGAUCCCGCGGACAUUGUUGGAUUACGCGCAGGAAAGCGGGCGGGCCGGACGGGACGGGCAGCCCAGCGAGGCGAUUAUCAUUCAACCAGAUGGGCCAGUGGAGGGGGACGAGCCGGUGCAGGAUUACAUGGACGUGGUUCCGGGGGUGGGAUGCCGCCGAUAUGUAUUAGAUGGGUAUUUGGAUGGGCCCGUGGAUGGGUACGAGCGACGAUAUUGCCGGGAUGAGAACGCGGAGGAGAUGCGGUGUAAUGGAUGCAAUCCCAAUUGGCAGUUACCAUCCAGUUCAGGUUGUUCCGCUCAUGCAGACUGUACAGACCAUUCAGACCGUGCACACCGUGCACACCGUGCAGGCCAUUCAGAUAAUCGUGGUCCCCGUGCAAAUCCCCGUCCCAGUACCCCGGAGGAUUCCCGUGAUUCCCCCCGCAACGGAUCGAUUGUAUCCCAGGCCCCGUUAGUUCCCAUUGGCGAACGGCAGCGGCAGCGGGUGCAGGCCCAACGGCAGGCGGCCCCCGAUAUACAGCAGCGGAUACAGGAUGCCGAGCAGUGGCUGGACGAGGAGCUGGUCGAGCAGGAUACCCCCCAGUGGCGGCGGACAUGUUAUAUUUGUACAAUACAGGGCCAUGGAUGGAACGAGUAUGAUUUGUAUUCAUGUCGCAGUCUGGCCAGCCGGGCGGCGCGGGACUGGAUGUUGUUUAUACGAUCCCUGAAGAUCCAGUAUCCGCCGUACAGCGCAUGCUGGGGGUGUGGAAUGCCGCAGAGUAUGUGCCCCCGAUGGAAAACACGGGAUUGGACGAACUGCGAAUAUCGCGAUGUGAUAAUUCCGAUGGUGGCAGCAAUGUUGUACGGGCCGUGGGCGUCCCGGGUACAGCCAUUGUGGGCGCGCCGGUUGCAAGGAUUUGGGGUCGACUGGCAGGAUUUACCGCAGGUGAAACGGUUUUUUGGACAGGCCACAGCCGGGGCCAAGGGCCAGCACAGUCAUUUAUUUGCGUCGUUUUGCUGGUUGCGGCGGAUAUAUAUUGAGCUCGAGCAGUGCCAGCGGGAUUAG